GUACAUACUGAAUUUUAACUGAGGGUGGGGGCGAGGGGUGUUGGAGGAUGAGAGAGCAGCACAUUAACAUGCCUGUGUGUGUGUGUGUCACAGAGUCGGAGGAAUAUUGGUCCCAAUGUGCGCGGGCGUGUGAGCUUGUGCGUGUGCGCGGACGUGAGCGUGCUUCCAGGGUGAGGAGGUGCGGAGCGCUGCGGGAACAUGUGCGGGUUUUUCUGCUGCUGUUGAGGAGGAGACAGUGAAGAGGAGGAGGAGUGGACACCUGCAGCAGGAGACAGUGGACACCGAGGACUUAGGAGAGGAGCAGACGGAGCAGGAGGGAGGUCUGCUGCAUGUCCACGUCCAGCUGUGGGAUGUUUGGACGGAGGAAGACAAGAGGAGGAAGGAAGGAGGAAAGAAAAGAGGAGGAGGAGGAGGUGGAGGAGAUGAAGCUCGACGGCCUUCAGGAGGCAGCACACCUUCUAUCCUGAAUCACUGUGAGACCUUGUUACCACCCUUCCCCUUCUCACCCUACCUCACCCUCCACGGACUCCAGCUCUUCAAAAGUUUGUCCUCAUCUAACCCCCUCACUGCCAUCACUCCUGCCUUAACCCCAUGGUGGCCCCAAGGCCCGCCCUCUCACUGUUGUUGGCGGUCCUGGCCUGCACGGGGCCUUCACGCUCCUCGCCCCCCCUACUGCUCCGGCCCCGGGAGAGAGAGAGGGACUCGGGUGGGGUCAACAUCGCUGUGAUCCACUCGGGCACCUCCCUGCUCCCGGAGACGGCGGUAGUGGGAGGCGCGGGGGUCGCCGGUGGCGGCAGUGGCGAGCCGGGCCCGGGGAACGGUCUAGGAGGAGUAAGGGGAGCAACAGACACAACACUGCUGGCUGGAGCUGCUGCCAUGGCCUCGUUCUCCUCCUCCUCCUCUUCUGCCACUGUCUUGUCCACACUGUCUCUGGCAGCACUAGUGAGUGAGACAGUGAUGACGCCGUCUGGUCAGGCUAAUGUUAUCUACCUUACUGUGAACGAGAGCAGCCCAGGAAGCUUACUGCUGCAGCUGUGUGAGCUACUGUCUACCACACCGCUGCAGGGUCUGGUCUUUGAAGAAGAACGACCACCUCCACCUAACCGUGCGCCCCUAGCUCCCAUGUUGGAAUUUGUCUCCGCCCAGACGAGUGUUCCUGUGGUGGCCGUAGGAGGCGGAGCAAGUCUGGGAAGAGAGCCACAGGAGAGUGGUUCCAUCUACCUCCAGUUCACCUGCUCAACAGCUUUGCAGCUGGAAGUCAUCUUUGAGGUUCUGGAGGAGUACGACUGGACCGCAUUCUCUGUGGUGACCACCCGUCACCAUGGAUAUGAGGACUUCUUGGCCAUGGUGGAAGGGAUGACCGAUGGUUCUUUCAUUGGUUGGGAGAAAAAGAGUGUGGUGGUCCUUAACGUGACAGACGACCCUGGUGGAGCUAGAACCAAGCGCCUGCUCAAAGACAACGAAGCUCAGGUGCGUCUGCUCUACUGCUCCCUGGAGGAGGCUGAGCUGAUUUUCAGGGCGGCGUGGGCGUCAGGGCAGGCUGGACCCAGUCACAUGUGGUUUGCUGUUGGACCUGCUCUAUCUGGUCUAGGUUUGGAGGGUUUACCCAAGGCUCUGUUUGCCAUCAGACCACAGGGCUGGAGAGAUGAACCACGCAGGAGAAUUGCCAAAGGAGUCUCUGUCCUCACCCACGGGGCCAUGGCUCUGAGGAGGGACCAGGGGCCUAACAGCAGGUCGCAGUACGCUGGUAACUGUCAGAGUGAUGGGAACCAGACGCACAGAGUUCCUGAACGGAUCAGGUACUUCACCAACAUCUCCAUUGGGGGGCGUGACUAUUCCUUCAACAGUGAUGGUUAUCUAUCCAACCCUCUGAUUGACGUCAUCUCCUACAACAACGGCCGUGGCUGGGAAGAGGUGGGCUGGUGGGAGAACGGACACCUACGUCUACGGUACCAUCCUUGGUCUCGUUACGGUUCCUUUCUGAAGCCACUGGACGACUCACAGCACCUCCGUGUGGUCACUCUGGAAGAAAGACCCUUUGUUAUUGUAGAGCCUGCAGACCCUGGUACCAGCUCCUGUAUCAGGGAUUCGGUUCCCUGUCGUAUGCCCCUUAACACAAGCCUGGUGGUAGAAGGUGCUGGACCUAUGAAGCACUGCUGCAAAGGUUUCUGCAUUGACGUCCUGAAGAGACUUGCCAAGAUAGUUGGCUUCACCUAUGACCUUUACCUGGUAACCAAUGGAAGACACGGCAAGAACAUUGAUGGAGAAUGGAAUGGCAUGGUGGGGGAGGUAGUGUCUCGCAGAGCAGACAUGGCCAUUGGUUCUCUCACCAUCAAUGAGGAGAGGUCAGAGGUGGUGGAGUUCUCCGUGCCUUUUGUGGAGACUGGGAUUAGCGUCAUGGUUUCUCGCAGCAAUGGAACGGUUUCUCCCUCAGCUUUCCUCGAACCUUACAGCCCAGCUGUGUGGGUGAUGAUGUUUGUCAUGUGUCUGUCUGUGGUCGCCGUCACUGUCUUCAUCUUCGAGUUCUUCAGUCCGGUUGGAUACAACCGCAGCCUGCAGAGCGCCAAGAGAUCAGGUGGAUCUAAGUUCACCAUAGGGAAGUCGGUCUGGCUGCUCUGGGCUCUGGUCUUUAACAAUUCAGUACCAGUGGAAAAUCCCAGAGGAACCACCAGUAAGAUCAUGGUACUAGUCUGGGCCUUCUUCGCUGUCAUCUUCCUGGCCUCGUACACUGCUAACCUGGCUGCCUUCAUGAUCCAGGAGGAGUACAUCGACACAGUGUCAGGACUUUCAGACAAGAAGUUCCAGCAACCGACUGAACAGUACCCACCAUUGCGCUUUGGUACGGUGCCAAACGGCAGCACUGAGGAGAACAUCCGCUCCAACUAUCCCAACAUGCACCAGUAUAUGAUCCGCAACAACCAAAAAGGUGUUGAAGAGGCCAUCGACAACCUCAAGACUGGGAAACUUGAUGCCUUUAUUUACGAUGCUGCCGUUUUGAACUACAUGGCCAGAAAAGACGAAGGCUGUAAGGUGAUGACCAUUGGUUCUGGUAAAGUUUUUGCCACUACCGGUUAUGGAAUUGCUCUCCAUAAAAACUCCCGUUGGAAGCGUCCCCUGGACCUGGCUCUCCUGCAACUGGUAGGAGAUGAUGAGAUUGACAUGUUAGAGCGCCUUUGGCUGUCAGGAAUCUGCCACAACGAUAAGAUUGAGGUGAUGAGCAGCAAGCUGGACAUUGACAACAUGGCUGGUGUCUUCUACAUGCUGCUGGUGGCCAUGGGCCUCAGUCUUCUGGUUUUUGCCUGGGAACAUCUCAUCUACUGGAAGCUGCGUCACUGUGUGAAGAAAUCUGGACGAAUGGACUUCCUGCUGGCUCUGAGCCGAGGAAUGUACAGUUGCUGCCAGUUUGAGGAUGAGACUACAGUAGGUGGUACAACAACCAACCUGCCCCAGUACCACACUGUGACAACCAUGCCAUCUGCACCACAGCAACACCUGGUGACAGCCACAGUCAACAACACCACCGCCAUCGCUAUGGUGCAGCAGCAACCACAGCAGAAGCACCACCAGCAGCAACAAGGCCAGACCUACACCACCAUGCUACCAGGGUCACCCCCAAACACUGGACACUCAGCGAUGGCUCUGGGCCCAUCAAACAGCCCCUUAUUGGAAGUGCCCAUGCCUUGCUCUACCUUUCUCCCUCGCCAUGAUCGCAGACUUGCAGUUGUGGACCGCUGGAAUAGACCAAAGACAGAGAAGGUCAUUGGUGCAGGUAGCAGUGGAGGUGUGGGAAUUGGGGGCAUAGCUGGAGGGAUACUGGACCACCAGGCACAGCAGCUGUAUCAGCAGAAUCUUGGACAGACAUGGAGCUUGCAAGGCACAGUUUCUGGAGCUGAUACAGGACAGGAUGAAUACAAGCGCUACUACGGUCCUAUAGACCCAGAGGGCUUGGGGUCUAACUCAGAGCAGCAAACAGGGGGCACCCAGCAAACUCCCAAAGCGAAUCCCCAUUGUCCCAAAGCUUCAGGAAUGCUACGUCUGUCCGCCAAAGCUCCCCCGCAAGGCCCAACACAGUUGGUCUCGAAGCCUCCUCCACCAAUGCCAUCAUCUCCACGAAGGCCUCCCUUUUGGAGGCGAGGAAGUUUAGUGCAGCCGAGAAGAAAAGGUUCAGGAGGUCCUCUGUAUGAAAAUAUACUCCCUUUAGGAAGAAGAGGUGGUGGAAGGUAUGGUGUAGGCGAUGGAGUUGGUAGAAGAAGCCGCCGCCCUCCACCACCACCUCCUAUUCCUGUGCCCUUCUCCUCUCCGACCCACACACCUACCACACCAUCUUCCCCCUGCCGGUUCUACUCCUCCUGCUCCAGUGCCUCAUUGUCCUCCUCUUCUUCCUCUUCAUCCACUUCAUCUUCCUCAUCCUCUGUAUCUCUCUCCCGAUCAAACUCUCUCUCUUCCUGCUCUAGUGACAGUUCAUACAACUCCUCAUUAGGUUUUCGCUACCGUGCGGGAGAUCGAGAUUUUAUGGUUGACGAAGAUUAUGACUCAGACUUGCUCACAGAAGAGUCCAGCCUCCUACUUGGAUCGAGGAGGAAAAUCCGUUCCCGUCGCAUGUCCUCCCGCUCUUUGCCAUGCAGUCCGCCUCCACCACCGAUACCUCCACGAAAGCCACGCCCCCAGAAAGGUAAUGGCAGGGAGAGAACCAGCAACCAACUUGCCCAGUUACAGGAGUGGUGGGCAUCAUGGGGAGACCGGGAUCGCGGAAGGAGAGGUUCAACACCUAGGGGAAAUGCUGGUGUUGGCAGGGAGGAGAAGAGACACCACAAAGAGAGGGAGCAUGUAAGGAAGAGAAAGAAGAAGGGUCAUAAAAAAAAGAAGAGGGAAGAAAGGGAGAGAGAAAGGGAACGAAAAAGACAUAAGGCAAAGAAAAAAAAGAAAAGGGAACAAAUGAUACAGAAACAAGAGAGAAAGAGAUCAGAGCAGGAAGGUGGAGAUUCAGAAAAAAGAGAUCAACACAAAUCAGGGACACCAGACUACCCAUUGUACCCAUCUUUGAGACGAGAAUCUUUUAGGAAAAAGAGUGAAACUUCUUUCAGAAACUAUGGAUGGAAUAUUCCAGAUGAUGAUGAUAGGAAGGACAGGGAAGAGAAAGUGAGGGAUGAUGGGGAAGACAGCAGGGGAAAGGAUAAGCGUCAGCGGGGAAGGGACCGUAAGCACUACCAUCGUUCUGGCAGUAAGACUACAACAUCUGUUAAGUUUUGGGGUGGAGAGAAUCCGGCCUGUGACACGUUACCGUCUGCCUUCCUGCCUCUGUUGCCUGUUUCCUCCAAAAGAAGAAAGAGUAAAAGUUCUGGUAUGGAUGUUGUAGGAAUGGAUGGAGAAAGGAAGCCCUUGUUAGGUCGCAAUGAAGGAGGUGAGAUUCACUCUAAAGAAGGUCUAUCGUUUAAUGAGUGGGAGUCUGACCAGGGGGAGGAUGAGGAGGAAGAGGAAUCUGAGCAGGAGAGGAGGAGAUUAGAUCGUGGAAAGAGACUUGGAGGAAGAGGAAGAAUGUUAUCCGAAGAUGAAAGGGAACGUGACAAGGGGACAGAGAUUUACUCUGAUGAUGACGGUUCCUCUGGAGAGUUUGGUAAGUUUGAGAGGUACUGGGAGGAUCAUGAAGGCAGGGCAGUCGGGGGAAUAGGAGGUGGGGGUUGGUUUUUCAGUACUUAUCCUUCCAGGGAUAAAGCAGGCAGCAUCAACAGCAGAGACGACCUGUUCCUAGAUAGAGGAGACCGCUGGGGGACAGCAGAUGUUGGAUGGAGUUCUAGUGGUGGAGGAGGAGAUGGAGGUGAGAGAGGGUGGGGAUCUGGAUCACACUGGCCUCCUCCUCCUCUCACACCUCCACCGCCACGUCGAUACUGGUCAGUAGACAAACUCCACAUCCAAGACGAGAAAAAAAGCAAAUGGAAAGCCAAGUAUAAAGGUAGGGGACACACCGCCUGCUCCACCUGUCUGUCACCUCAGCACCACACCCACUCUCAUUCAUCCAAGUGGGCCCAGGUAAGCUCAAGAAGUCAGGAAGAGUUAUUCCACCACUGCCAGAGUUUUGGUGGUCCCCUGAAGCUCAAACAUGACUCCUCUUCCUCCUCAAAACCUGAUCGCUCACAGAGUCAGUCUGAAUCAGCCAGCCAGUCAAACCUCAGCAACCAGCAGCGUGCGCAGAGAACAGACCGGGAUCGUGGACGACAGCAAUCACCAACGCAGACCCUCACACCCACCCUCCCCUCGCCACUACCUGCCCUUCCAGCUCCUCCAUCCUCUUGUCAUCCGAUCCAUGCCCCCCCACAUACAUCGUCCUCUUCUGUGUCCUCUCCAUCUGUGGUCUCUUCCACUCCUGGUGCACCCCAGUCCUCCUCCAUGGCUUCAGCAAGUGCCAAGCUGCAGUACCAGAGAUUGCGCUCCGUUCCGCAGCCCCACCGGUUUCCACAGUCCCCUCACUUACCACUCAAAGCCAAGAGCCUGUGCUCCAGAAGGGGAUCUGCUCAUUUCUCCAGUGUGGAGAGCGAGGUCUGAAGGUCGAGAUGAUUUAAGUUGAACCAAUAACCAAGUGAAAAUGGUCCUGAUGCAGUUGGUAUUGUGAAUCCAAGCAUGGCCUAGAGAGUGAAGUCAGACAGUAGACACACUGAGCCCCUUCUCACACUUCUGCACAAUAAAAACCAGGGAGACUAGUUCAAACUCAACACAGCUUCCUGUGGAUUUCUUGUAGUUCUUCUUAAGAUGUAAAGGAUUCAACACCAGGAAAAUAAUGAAAAAAGGACUAGAGCAGCUGUGAAGGCAGGUCGAACUCUGAUGUAGUGCAAGGAAAAUUCAGAGGAUACUUGAGGCAAACUGAGGGUUCUGGAACGUUGUACUAAUGUUAGCUUACUGCUCCUGGAAGCCUUUAAAACUGAGUUUUUUUUCUUUACUUCAUACACAAACUGUUUACAUUGCUGCACAACUGUGCCCCACCCCCCAGGAACAUUUGUUCAUAUGAGUUCUUUUCUGUCUCGGGAGGGGAUGAGAGUAAAAACCACUGUUCCCACUGAGUAAGACUGGUAACCUUUAGUGUCAGAAAAUAUCUUUUAAAGAACUAGAUGAAAGUUGGAGGGUUAGAGUUGGCCUACAGUCUGAUCUUCUCCUGCCAAUAGUUCCUGUAUCUUUCAAAGGUACCAAGUCUUAAACACUGUCCAGGUUUCAGACUGUUUUCAGCCAUCUGAGUUUGAGCAAGUAUUUGUUUAUACUUCUAACAAGACUUGCUACAGUUAAAAAACUGAAGUCUUUAACUGGCCUAUCAGUGUCUACACUCCUAGAACUUCCAUUCAGUUCCCUGUCUCUGGGGAGGGAACAGGUGUGGAUCCUGUUACUACACUUAGGAUCUGGUUCUAGUUCUGGGGGUGGAGACAUGCUCUUUGUCUCUUUGUGUAGUCUGUGAACCUCCUCUCCUUUGACCUUGAACUCUCCUUGACCAUUUCUGUUCUUUACCUAUUCUUGAAGGUUCUUUCCUCCUAGAACCCAUUUGAACUCCUGAUUUCUUCGUUAUCGCUCUCGGCUCCUCUUUGAUGUUAUUCUCCUUCUGUAUUUUCUGUGUUUGUUAGUACUCUUGAUGACAGGGUAAAAGUCAACUGUGACUGAUUAUUUUUUCUGCUUGCUUUUGAACAAGCUGCUCACAAACCCUUGUAAAGUUCCAAAUGUGUCUGUGCCACUUCAAUGGCACUGUUCGGGUUCCGUUACACAUUUCAACACUGAGUGGAUUCAAUAUGUUCUUUUUACUGAGCAAUACAAGAUAGAACAUCUGCUGAGUUGGUACGUUAACCAUCUUUGUUUAGACCUGUGUUGUUGAUGUUGUUAAUGUUAUGAUGUUAUGAUGGUGUUUUACGAUGUUUAUCCGAUCCAUGUUUUAUGUCCUGUACAAUGCUAGCACUGUGCCAUUCUACCGUUUGAAAACUAUGAAAAGUUCUCUCAACUACCUAGCUUCUGUAGGACAAUAUUGUUCGCCCCUCACCAAAUUUGAAGGGAGUGUCUGGGCUUAAACAAGUGGAUUAUGGUGUCUGGUAUUAUAUGUUUGGAUUAACUAUUCUGGAAGCAGCCUGAUUCCUGACAAAAACAUGUUUGGAUUAUAAGGUUUGGACACGAUGAUAUAUACAAACAAGGCAGUAUGUUUACAUGUUUGGGAUUAUUAUGAUCUCAUGCUAACAUGGGUGGAUAAUCAAAUUAUUUUGUCUGAGGCAAGAUGAGGCUAGCCAUGCUAGGACAAAAGGCACUGGGUAUACAAUUCAGUACUGUAUACCCAGUGCCCAAGGCUAGCCUUUGGCUAGACAAGUGCUACGCUUACAUUAGCAUGGGAAUUAUUUUACUGAGCCAGUUUGGUUGAUGUGAGAUUAUGAUGCCAAACUAAAUCUUGUGUGCCAUGUUGAUGUCAAAGAGACUGUGCCUAUGGUGCAUGAUGUUAGCUAGCGAUAGGGCGAGGCAGCACAGAGACAUUGUGGUGCCAAAUGUGAACUUAAGCGUGUGAAAGACAUGCUAGCACCUCAUGUGCAAUUUUUUGUACUGAUUUUUCACCAUGUUAACAGGUGACAAACAGCUUUAGCUUUGAAACCCUUCACCUAGCUGACACCAGCAGUUACGCUCCAACGUCACGUCCACGUAGGCCCUAAUGUCCACCAGUGACAGAAGCCAGACAUUGUUGUGCUGCGUUGUUUUUCUGUUGUAGCAGCUUUAACGCUAUCGUCUGCUGGUUUCGUCCGCCUGGAUCUGCAUCUGAGCCAUAAUUAACUUCAGUUGAAGAAAAGAAAAGAGAACCUUAGAUUUGAACAAACUGUUGUGUAACCUUUGUCUGACUUUCUUAUUUUUAAAAGAGUAAAAAUACUUACAGUAUAUAACA